GAAAAGCGAUAGAAAAGUUCUGCAAAUUAUAUUGGUCCCGAUGUCUACUAAUCUAUAAACAAAUGUAUUUUUUUUAAUUAUAGACACAAAUUAAUAUACUUACGUUGUUAGGUAACAACUAAGUAACUAAGUAACGCUGUUUCGAAAUUAUGUUUCUUCUUACCCAAUAAAGAAAUACAAUUAAUAUAAAAGGGUUCACAAGUUCAAUAUGAUCAUUGUCUCGUCUCUGUACAAUACAAACACUUCAACAUGAACUCCUUCGCCGUUCUCCUGCUCUGCGUCCAAGCUUGCUUGGUACAGACCGUGUUCGGACAGUGCUACGGCGGUAUCGGGUACGCGCCCGCUUUCGCCGCGCCCUUCGCCGCCCCCGCUCUCGCCGCGCCGGCCGCGUGCGGGCCAGCCUACGGCGGCGAGGGUAUCGGCGACGUGGCGGUCGGCGGCCAGCUGCCGGUCGCCGGCACCACGCUAGUCUGUGGACAAGUGCCGAUCCUGGGCGCCGUGGAGUUCGGAGGCAUCGUGCCGGCCGGCGGCGAGGUGUCCAUUGCCGGCAAGUGCGCCUGCGGCUGCAGAGGAUACUGAAAAGCGACUAACGAAUCUAAAUGAAUUGAGCAAA